AGGGCCUGGUAUAAAAGAUUGGCAGUUUCUGAGGGGGAUUACUUUGCAUCUGAAACUGCCAGCCUCAGAAUGUUGACCAUCGCUCUCAUAGCCCUUCUCUGUGCCUCAGCCUCUGCCAAUGCUAUCCAGGCUAGAUCCUCCUCUUACAGUGGAGAGUACGGAGGUGGUGGAGGAAAGCGAUUCUCCCAUUCUGGCAACCAGCUGGAAGGCCCCAUCACUGCCAUUCGUGUCCGAGUCAACAGAUACUACAUUGUAGGUCUUCAGGUGCGCUAUGGCAAGGUGUGGAGUGACUAUGUGGGCGGCACCAGUGGAGAUCUGGAGGAGAUCUUUCUCCACCCUGGAGAAUCAGUGAUCCAGGUGUCUGGCAAGUACAAGAACUACCUGAGGAAGAUGGUCUUUGUGACAGACAAGGGCCGCUACCUGCCUUUUGGGAAAGACACCGGCACUAGUUUCAAUGCCGUCCCCUUGCACCCCAACACUGUGCUCCGAUUCAUCAGUGGCCGAGCUGGUUCCGUCAUUGAUGCCAUCGGGCUGCACUGGGAUGUCUACCCCAGUGACUGCAGCAGCUGCUGAGCCCUGGUCUGCUCUUGGCAGGACACUGUGGUGGGGAAUAAGAACGCCCUCAUCAUUAACCCCUAUCCAAUUGGCUCAAUAAAAGGAUAUGGCUAACACUA